GAAGAAGAAAGAGAAAGCGAAAACUGCAAGAGAGAAAAACCAAGAGAGAAAAACCAAGAGAGAGAAACCAAGAGAGUUACAACCCAAGGAAACCAACAAUGUUAAGAAAUUUUCAAUGAAAUUCUCCAUCUGGGGAUUUGUUUUUCCUCCACGCUACGACAUUACAGCACCCACAGCUAUAGUAGCUUUGACAACCCCAUUCUUCCUGAUUAGGAUGGCUGAUAGGUGUAGCUCUUCUUCCACCAGGAAAUCGUUCCUUUGCUUGUUUACAAUGGCUUCAACGCUAUUUGUAUUAUCCUGGUUCUUCGUGUUGCGUUCUACAGAUCGUUCUCACUACAUUGACCAUGAUCUGUUGCCAAAUUCAAGACCUUUUUCUGUAAUUGAUGAUGGAAAUUCCAAAUCCUUUAGUGAGAGUAUUGUUGAGUCUUCGACUGGAAAUCGAGCAAUUCUUGGCAAUACUGAAGGAGACCAAGACGUAGAAGGGGAGGAAGCACCUCAAAAUAUUGUGGAAGGUGCUCAACAGCAGGGUGGUGGUGAUGUUAAUUGCAAUAGUAAUGGGAAAGAGCCACUUAAGGUUUACAUGUAUGAUUUAGACCCUGAGUUUCAUUUUGGAUUCUUGGAUUGGAAACCUGAGGGAAAAAGCGUUUGGCCUGACAUUAGGACUAACAUACCUAAAUAUCCUGGUGGAUUGAACUUGCAGCAUAGUAUAGAAUAUUGGCUUACAUUGGACCUUCUUGCUUCAGAAUUUUCUGACAUUCCUAAUUCUCAUGCUGCAAUAAGAGUUCGCAACUCUAGUGAGGCUGAUGUUAUAUUUGUGCCAUUCUUUUCUUCAUUGAGCUAUAAUCGGUUUUCAAAGGUCCACCCCCAUGAAAAGAGGAGCAGGGACAAGAUUUUGCAAGACAAGUUGGUGAAGUUUGUGACUUCUCAAAAGGAAUGGAAGAGGUCAGGUGGGCAAGACCAUAUUGUUUUAGCUCAUCAUCCAAAUAGCAUGCUAAGUGCUAGGGUGAAGCUGUGGCCAUCACUGUUCAUCCUUUCAGACUUUGGAAGGUAUCCUCCAAAUAUAGCAAAUGUUGAGAAGGAUGUCAUUGCACCUUACAAACAUGUAAUCAAGAGCUAUGUCAAUGAUACAUCUACUUUUGAUAGCCGUCCAACUUUGCUGUACUUCCAAGGAGCCAUAAACAGAAAAGAUGGAGGCAUUGUUCGACAAGAGCUAUUUUAUCUGCUAAGGGGUGAAAAAGAUGUGCAUUUCUCAUUUGGAAGUGUUAAAAAGGAUGGAGUAAACAAAGCUUCUCACGGAAUGCAUUCUUCCAAAUUUUGCCUCAACAUUGCAGGCGACACCCCAUCAUCAAACCGCCUCUUUGAUGCCAUUGCUAGCCACUGCGUUCCUGUCAUUAUCAGUGAUGAGAUUGAGCUUCCAUAUGAGGAUGUUCUUGACUAUUCUCAGUUCUGCAUAUUUGUUCGCACUUCAAAUGCCAUAAAAAAAAAAUUCCUCAUAAACCUCAUUAGGAGCAUUAAGAAGGAUGAGUGGACUCGGAUGUGGCACAAGUUGCAAGAGGUUGAGCGGUUCUUCGAGUUUCAAUUCCCUUCGAAGGAAGGUGAUGCUGUCCAAAUGAUAUGGCAGGCCGUGGCACGCAAGGUUCCUGCUAUCAGGUUGAAGGUAAACAAAUCUAAGAGAUUCUUCAGUUCUGUCACCCGCAAAGAACGACUUUAAGAACCAUUCCAUCUCCAGAGAACUCUUGGUGACAGAAAGAAAAUCACAACCUUUGUCGGCUGAAGCUUAAAGCACUCGUAUAUGUCAACUAGCUUUGCUGUCCUUUAUGCCUGCAAAGUACAAGAGUUGUGUGUAGUUGCAUCAUGGGCAAAGGGCUUGGCUGCAAAUUUGUUGAGAAAAUAUGAAAAAGAAAAUUUGUUGAGUUCUAAAGCCCGAAAUUCUACCUAGGAAAAGUGCAGCCUCUUGCACUUGUCUCUGGGGCACAGCUAGACUCUUUUACA